CACUUCCAAACCGGCAACACAGCAGCAUCCAUCAUACUGCAGGGUUUCACCUGAAGACUUCAUUUAAAACCUAUGCUGCCUUAUUGUUUUAUUUCACCCAUUCUCUACAACUGGUCCAUAUUUGGUAUGAACACAGAUUGGGCUUUUCUUACUCAACACAGUUGUUUUAUUGACAUUGAGUUUGGGAAAUGUUUUGCUGAGAGUCCAUUGAGUCUGGUGUAGAUUUGCUUCUUCAGCCGGAUGAGAGAAAGAUGACCCAUGUAACAAAAUCAACAACAGGCAGCGAUAGCGCCGUGGAGAGCAGUCCAGCUCAAGAUGUCCGAGUGAUCUCAGAGGAGCAUGAGGGAUUGAGUAUUAUAACUCCACAAUCAUCCCUCACCAGCUACAAACAGAGGAGUGAGGAAUUCAGGAAAACCUUCAAAGAAUUGUCUGAGUCAGAAAGACUUAUAGUGGACUACAACUGUGCUCUGCAAAAAGACAUUUUACUGCAUGGACGCAUAUACCUCACAGAGAACUGGAUCUGUUUCCACAGUAAUGUAUUUUGGGGAACAAAGAUUAUGGUGAAUAUGAAAGAUAUUGCAUCCAUGUCGAGGGAGAAGACAGCUCGACUGAUACCAAACGCCAUACAGAUCAUUCAGACCAAUACAGAAAAGCUCUUCUUCACGUCUUUUUCUGCAAGGGAGAAAAGUUACCAGAGCAUUUUUCGUCUAUGGCAGAAUUUUCUCUUGGAGAAGCAACUGACCAGGCAAGAGCUCUGGCAGAUGGUCAAACAGCAUUAUGGCAAUGACUUGGGUUUGAGCCAGGAAGAAAUGGACUGUAUGCAGAUGAUGGUAGACACAGUUGCACAUAACCAGCCUAGCUUGAACAUGAAAGCAGAAGAUCACGCUGUAAAAUUAGAGAGACCUUCCUCUCUACGACUUCCUCAGACUGAGCAGACGUCACAUGAGGCCUCGACGCCACAGGGAGACGACACACAGUCGUCCAUCGGACUGCAGAGCACACUAUCUCCGAAUGGGGAUGAUGUGCGGAGCACACCGUCUCAGCCACGCAGUCCUAAUCUUUCCCUGGACCGCAUCAGCAAUGAACGAGUGGCCAAGCACUCUUCUCUGUCCUUGGAUCUGAAUGCCAACGAGGACCGAAUCUCAGAUAAUAGCCUGUCCGAUAGCAUGGAGGAUGUGGAACGAGAUUGUGUGUCCCAGGCGUCUCAGGGAAGGCUGUACAUGAACAGGGUGUUCCGUUUCAGUGCUGACAAAAUGUUUGAGCUGCUUUUCACGGAUUCUUAUUUUAGCCGGCGGUUUAUGAAUGCCAGGAAGAUCACUGGUGCAACCUCUACGUCUUGGCAAAGGGACGCCUCUGGCUCUAUGAAGAGAAGUUUAAACUACACCAUCACCAUCACCAACCCACUAGUGGGUAAAUUUUCCACUGCAACAGAAAACCAGACUUUAUAUAAGGAAUCUAGGGAAGGUCAUUACUACUUGGUGGAUUCAGAGGUCUACACACAUGAUGUUCCAUACCAUGACUACUUCUACACUCUGAAUCGCUAUUGCAUCAUACGCAACUCGAAGCACAAAUGUAGACUUCGGAUUUACACUGAUGUGAAAUACAAGAAGCAACCAUGGGGAUUUGUUAAGUCUUUUAUCACCAAAAACUCCUGGAGUGGCCUGGAGGACUACUUCAGGCACCUUGAGGCGGAGCUUCUUGAGGAGGAGGCGGAGUUGACCCAGGGAUCCAGCGACGCUGGAAAAGGCGGCUUGCGUAGAAGGCGGAGGACCUACAGUCGCACGCUGCAGGAGCACAUGAGACCCAGCAGAUCGUACAGUGUAGACCCCGAGCAGCACAGAGAAAGCUCAAUAGGCGCAGCAGACACUAAGAAUACACAAACGUGGAACAUCACUUUCAUUAUUGCUGGAAUGAGCUUAAUACUGUUGAUUCUGUCCAUACUGAACCUGGGACUGUUCUUUAAACUAUGGGCCAUGGAGGACGUGGCGCAUCGUAUGUACUUAAGCACAAAGCAGCGAAUGAAGGAACGGGCCGAGGCCAGUUUGACACCUGACCUGGGCCCUCGAGAGACAUUCCAGAGGAGCCAAGAGGAGACGCGCUUACUGAGGGCCGUGCUACAGGACUCCAUCAACCUUCUAGAACAGUUACGCAACUCUCUCGUGGUGCUUCAGCAGAACUUCCAGGGGCCCAAUAAGACGGCCACUUAGCUAUGACAUUCUGCCUGGUGACCCACAGAGCGCAGGGGAAUUUGGCCCACAGGGCUUUGCCGACAUCAGGGGACGUUGUCGUAGGCAACGGUUACCUCAGAGAUGCCUUUUUGCCAACGGGUGUUACUACCUCAGGCCUUCUGCGCUGUGGAUGUUUUUGAGCCAUGUGUGGGUGUGUAGGGAUUUGUGCUGGCACAGGGAGCAAUGCAGGCCCAUUGCCCCCUGCAAAUUGUGACCUCAGGGUACAUUUUAAAUUCACAGGUGUUUCCUUUUCCCUUUUGAUUAUAGUAUAAAUGCUUGUAGUCAUCUGCCCUUAAUUAUUGAAUGUAUCGUGUGUGUGUGUGUGUGUGUGUGUGUGUGUGUGUGUGAGAGAGAGAGAGAGAGAGAGAGAGAGAGAGAGAGAGAGAGAGAGAGAGAGAGAGAGAGAGAAGGCAUGAUGACGAUAGAUGUUAAUAUUCCGUUGUCACACUGUUAACCAGGGCAUUAAGUUUUAAAAGUUUAUUUUACCAUGUUGGUAAAUCUAAUGCCUAAAAAGUGAUUUUGAUCUUUCUAGAAAUGUUUGCACCUCUGAACACUGUUGAAUGAUGUAUAUUCUGCCUGGUCAUAUAUGACUUACUACAGCUUUAUGCAGAAUACAGAGUUUUAGUUUCUAGAUUCUGUAGUGGUGUAUGUAUGGGUUUUUUUAAAAAAUGAUCUUUCUGGAAUAUUUUAUGUUUCUCUGGAGGAAUAUAUGUACAGUAAAGUUAUAAAUAAUGUGGAAUUGGUGUGCAAAAUUUUAGUUGAUUUUUAUAUUUUAGCGAUAGGAUGUUUACACUACAUUUUGGUGCAAUUUGUAAUUGUACAGAAGGUUAUAAGGAUUCAAAUGGUAGUGAUAACGUUUGCACACAAAUUGUCCAAAGAUUGUAGAAUUUAAAUGAUUUUAUUGUCAUUUUUAAUAUGAAAUGGAUGUCAAAGCAUAAGCCAAGCCUUGUAAAUCUUUCUCAGGAAAUAAUUUUUCUUUUCCUCAUAUAUGGACAUUUUAAAUAAAUUAUCAUAAAAUUGUGGUUUA